AUGGCAAUAGGUAUUCAGAAGAUUGGGUUAUUGGUUUUUGAUGAAAUAUCAGUUCGAGAAAACAUUUCUGUUAAAUCUCAUACUCUCACCUAUUCUGGACUUAUUGAUUUUGGUAAAGAAGAUGAAGUUUGCAAUCAAUUACCAAAACCUAAUAGUCUAGAUGAUCUAGCUAAUCAUGGUCUUGUUUUCCUUUUUCAACCACUGGCUGACACUUAUACACAACCCAUUGCUGUAUUUGCAUCUAGGGGACCUGUCAAAGGGGACACAUUGGUUAAACUACUUAUAAAAGCUACAAUAUUAUUGGAAAAAGCUGGAGUUUUAAUUCAUGGAUUUGUAAGUGACAGUGCUUUAACUAACAGAAAAGUUUGGUCAGAACUGGGUAUAUCUGGUAAACUUGAAAGUAGUCGUAGCUAUAUUGAGCAUUUUAAUGACUCAAAUAGGAAAUUCUUUGCUUUUUCCGAUACCAGUCAUCUGAUAAAAAAUGUUCGAAAUCGUCUAUACAACAAACGUGAACUAUUAGUAGAUCCUAUGGAAAAGCCAGUAAAAUGGAAUCAUUUUAGAAUAUUACAUGAAUAUGACAAGACUAUAAGUAAUAGUAAAUUACACUUGUGCCCAAAAAUUACUGAUAACCAUUUAAAUUUACAGAAUCCAUCUUUAAAGAUGCGUGUGCGUCUAGCAGUACAGGUUUUGAGUAACUCUAUGGCAGUUGGUCUAGAAGUGUUAAAAAAAAGAAAAGUUCAGGGUUUAGAAAAUUGUGAUUCUACAAUCAAUUUUUGCGUUAAAUUUAAUGAAAUGUUUGAUGCAUUAAACAGAAAAGUUCCGUUUCAAGGUGUACAUCCUGAUACUAAUGACUACAAAGUCUUUCAAGACACACUUAAAUGGUUAAAUGACUGGGAGAUGAGAGUUAAAAUUGGAGAAUUAAAUGAACAAAAUUUCUUAACAUCUAACACUGCAGAAGGCUUAAGAGUUACUUUAAACUCGACGAUUGAUAUUAUAACAUACCUCAUAGAAGUAUAUAAUUUCUCAUAUGUUCUUACUGGGAAAAUUACACAAGAUAAAUUAGAAGUAUUUUUUGGUACCAUUCGUCAAGCUGCUGGUGCUAAUGACCAUCCAGGGACCCCAACAUUUUUGCAAUUAUACAAACUUCUAUCUAUUUAUAGUUUACUAAAACCACCUAAAUUUGGCAAUUGCACUGUUGAACCAUCAGAUGAUGCCAAGCCUUUGAUUACAAUUAGUGAAAUAAAACUAAUUUUCAAUAGUAAAAAUAAUAACCCAUCAGCUUUAAAUGUAAUAAAAAAGAAAAUGGAUGGUCUAGUGGAAGAUGGUGAUUGGGAAUUCUCAGAUGUAUUCGAACAUGAUUAUAGUCUUUCACCUAUAAAAGAAUGCUUAAUAUACUACUUGGUUGGAUAUUUAAGUAAACAAAUCUCUACGAGGUCGAAAUGUGACAUUUGUAUUUCUGCAUUUAAGAGUAUGAAAUCAUUUUCCAAUGUUUCAGAAGCAGAAUUAACUAAUUUUAAAUCUAUGGGUAAAUUAAUUCACCCUAAUUAUGUAUUUUAUAAAUUUAUAUGUAAAGUUGAAGAUUAUUUUACCAAACAUAUUAAUAGUGCUCAUGUAUAUUCUGAAACGAUCGAAGAUAUCUUACGAAAUGAAGACUUGAAUUUCCCAUGUAAUGUUCAUAAAGAUGAUAUCCUUGCGUAUAGUAAAAGGUACUAUAUUAACAUGAGAAUGAGACAAUUUACACGACAAUUAAAUAAAGAGAAAUUAAAAGAGAAUUCUAAAAAGAAAAAGGGUUUCUAA